UAGGGUCUUUGAAAAUUAUCAACCAACAAAACCAACCAGAUACUUUUGGUUGUCUUAUUUUGACAAAAGUUGGUGAUGUUUUCAAAGAGCCUUUGGUGUCCUCAUCUGGUUUAGGUAUUCUAGUAGGCGAAAUUAAAGAUGAGGACAUUAAAAUUAUUAAAAAAGUAGAUUUAGAAUUUAAAUAUUUUUCUAUUCCAAUAGGGAAUAAAUUUAUUUUAAUUCCUCUAUUGCACAAUUUGUUUUAUAAUUUUACAUAGAUAAAUAGAUUUUUCUUUCCCAAUUGACACCUCUUCCCCGGAGAACAUUACUCCACGGCAGCGAGAUGGAGAAGAAAUGAGCCAAUUUCAUAUCGCCGAGCCCCAUUCGCAGCGUAUGGCCACCCAACUCCAACUUAAUAUAAGUGAGGAUACUGCGUCGGUACUGCAGAAAAUCCUUGAAAGCCUUGGUAGGAUAGAAUCUCGGCAAGAAGACAUGAUAAAACGUCAAGAAGACAUGAUAAAUCGGUUAUCAGCUGUAGAAAGCGCUCUUGCUGAGAAGAUGCCAGAACGUGCGGAGAUCCAAGCACAAGGUCAAUUGUUGCGGGAGUGUAAGGUGCUCUCGGCAAAAACCCACCGCAGUGUGAGCCGCAUCACUGGCGAAGGAGUGAGCGAGGAGCAGACUCUGUUGCAAAGCUUGUUCCCAAUGUCGUCAGAGGAAACAUUGCUGAAGGUGGAGGAGCACCUUACACUCCAAGCUUACUCUGACGCUAUGACGGCCAUUAUUCUAAAUAUAAAAUUUACCAAGGACUCGAUAGAGAAGGUGAUGCAGUCCUUAUUUAGUGACGAGUUGGUGUGGCUGUACAACUACGAAGGAAAAACUGGAAAAAAGGCCCUAAACAAAUUAAGAAUAGUGGAUAUCAUUCUCGCUGCAUUUGUAAAUGUGCAAGAUAAAAAAAUUUUAGCUGUAAGACGUUUUGUCAGUUUAAGCCAUAAUAGAUAUAAGCAUGUAAAACGUAAUAUGAGGAACUAG